CAUCCAUUGAGAUGUGUCAGAGUUGUACAGUAGAUCCAUAUGCGAUCAAGCUAGCGCAUCUUGGAACAUGGGGAGGACGGACGCGCCGCAAUGUUGGCCCAACUUGCUAGUGCCGGAGGCUGAUCAAAGUUCAUGACGAGCAUGCUCGAGGAGUCUGCGGGCGACUGACUUCUCUUCCAUCACCUUUCUCACCUCAGGGGAACAAAACACACACACACACACACACUCACAGCUCUUCUUCUGCAGUGCCGAGACUCCCGUCAAGCGUCCACAUACUCCCUCACUGAAUCUUCUAGAGUCCGAAGAGCAGCAGUAUUGUCUUCUUUCUCGACGUAGCGCCUGAAAUCGCCCUUACUUGUGCUGAGUACCCCGGUGCCCGCUUACUCGUGUUUUGCAGGCAGCUUUGCGUGACAUUUAGGCAUCAUGCGAGCUCUAGCGAUCUCCUGUUACCUCUCUACGGCCAUCUUGGGGGGAGCUCAGCUGAUCACAACCACCUGGGCCGAUCAAUCGAUCAUAGGAUUAGUGACGAGCGACGGCGCAGGGUAUACCUGGACGGCGGUGAUAUCCACAUUGGGACCAGCAGUACCUGAAACACUGGCAGCUGCUGCAGCUACGACUCCCGUGCAAGCAGCGGCGGCUGAGCCUCCGGCACCUACGUCCACUACGACGGCUUGGAAUUCAGCGUACUACUAUCAAAGUAUGCCUUCGCCUCCACCCGCUGGAACGCCCACUGUCACUGUCGUUCCUACCUCCGGACAUGUGGCUGGCUUUGGCGAAUACGAAUCGUCCUUGCUUCACGCUCUGGGGAAUCUCGGGACUGAAGCCGUCAAGGGCUUCACCUCUGCAGUCGGAGCUGAAGGCAUCCCUGUACCGCAUUUCCACUUCGGGGCAGCCCGUCACAGUGCGCCAAUAUCCAUGACCGGGCUUCUCUCAGCCCUGGUUGUCUUGGGCUUGAUUCCGAUCUGGAUUUCGUCCAUCAGUUUGUGAACAGUUUAGAUGCGGACAGAAAGAUCGUGCAGACUCAUUAGCGAGUUGUAUAAAUACAGAAAGAAAG